AUGGUAGGCCCUAACGCUCAAAUAUUCAAGGCGACCUAUAGUGGUGUUCCUGUCUACGAAAUGAUAAGUAAAGGUGUUGCCGUGAUGAGGCGUCGCUCCGACUCGUGGCUUAACGCGACUCAAAUCCUGAAGGUUGCGGGUUUCGACAAACCACAGAGAACUCGUGUACUGGAACGUGAUGUGCAGAAGGCAGAGCAUGAGAAAGUACAAGGGGGGUAUGGGAAGUAUCAGGGCACUUGGGUGCCUCUAGAGCGAGGGGUGUCUCUCGCCAAGCAGUUCAACGUGGAGCACCUUAUUAGACCUCUGGUCGAUUUUCAACCUGAAUUGUCAAGUCCGCCGCUCGCGCCAAAACACACCACAACUAUUUUGACCAAGCCUCGUCGAAAGGAUCUCGAAGACUAUUCUCGUGCCUCCACGCCAUUGGGAUCCGCGGAUGGGUCAAUGUCCUCUUCGCCUCCCCGCUUGUCUUCUCCCUCUCGUACACCUUCGCCUAUCGGGCCCCUUCAUAAUCUGUCCGAUCAUGAGAGCGGAGGCCCGCAAUCCUCUAGGGCCAGCAGGUCCCGCAAGAGGAAGCACGCCGCAGCUUUUGAGCAUGAGAAUGGUCUUGCGAGCAUCGUCCGCCAUACACCUCUCCAUUGGGCAUGCGUUAUGGGUCGCACGCGCGUUGUAAAGUUGUUUAUCAGUGCAGGUGCAGAUGUUUUUAGGACCAAUAAGAGUGGGCAGACUGCUCUCAUGCGGAGCGUCAUGUUCAACAACAAUUAUGAUGUCCGGAAAUUCCCCGAAUUAUAUGAAAUUCUUCAUCGCUCUACGCUCAACAUCGACCACUCGAAUCGGACAGUCUUCCAUCACAUUGUUGACGUGACGAUGGGCCGAGUUAAAGUCCACGCUGCACGCUACUAUUUGGAGACCAUUCUCGGUCGCCUUGCUGACUUCCCUCAAGAACUUGCCGAUAUCAUUAACUUCCAGGACGAGGAUGGGGAAACUGCCCUGACGUUAGCUGCCCGAUGCCGUAGCAAGCGACUUGUGAAAUUACUCAUUGACCAUGGGGCAGAUCCCACAAUACCGAACAAGGAUGGCAAGACAUGCGAGGACUACAUUUUAGAAGACGAACGGUUCCGAUCUUCUCCCGUCAUGCGCUCCCAGAAUUUGUCUCUUCGAGAGGCGGCUGGCCUUACCGAAUCUGCUUACCCCAGAUUGCAUCAUUCAACUGCAGCUCAAAAAGCUGUCGGCAGAUGCCUUACUGAUGUCGUGGCCCUCAUGGAUAGUUUAGCCCAUAGCUUCGAUAACGAGUUGGCGGAGAAGGAGAGGGACAUCAAUCAGGGUCAUGCGUUGUUGAACAACAUUCAAGCCGAAAUUCUUGAGAGCCAAAAAACGAUCAAAACACUUCAGGAGCGAGCUUCAGGUCUGGACGAGGCACAAAGGACCUUGACGGAAGCAAAAGGUGCAUUGCUUGCGAAAAUCGAGAAGGAGUACCUCGAAGGGUGGAAUAUAUGGCUGCGACAAGAGCAAGAAAAGAAGCGCGACCCGCCUAACAUCUCUGCAAUUGCGACGUCUGCACAACCGGGUGCUUCUGCUGUCAAUACACUCUCGAUGGAGGACGCACAACGCCUUGAAUCGACUUACGCGUUUGACGCAAACAGAAGCCAGACUGAGAUUCAUGAAGAGUGUGAGAGACUACGCACUGAGAUAAAGGGCGCGAGGGGAAAGCUCAAGAAGGACAUGGAGGAAUUUGUCAAUUAUCAGGCUGAAGCAGGAACAGGAGGACGGAUGGCGGAUUAUCGUAAGCUGAUCAGUGCUGGCUGUGGUGAGAUACCCGUAGCUGAGGUGGACAGUGUGGUCGGGUUAUUACUUGAGCAUCUCGAGUCUGAAGAGCUGGCUGUGAAAGUACCAUGGGAUGCCGGUGAUGCGCCGUCAGUGUCGGCGUGAUGAAUUCGUAAUUGUCGCAAGGGACGUUCCCGACGUAGGGGUGUCUAUUUCAUUGUUUUCCGUCAACUUCUCCAAAAACGAGCCUUGUGAUACGGCUCCAUGUCUCGAUAGCUUAUUGCAUUGGUGGGACUUUGUUGCAUACUAGUCAUGUAUAGCUGUACUUGCUCAUAUGUUGAUGUAACACUUCACGCAUACGACCGUCAGGCUUCCACACGGCCUUACUUCCUGUGAAGGUCUAGGUCCGAAUCUGUAUAGCGUUGUGAUAUUCGUGGCGAGUGAGUAAAGCACUUUAUUUGCAAGUUAAAUAUCGCUGCAGAUUGUAUUUUUCAACACUGUUGCAGG